AUGAGUCAAAGCAGCGAAGGAUGUAUGAAAAAGAUUAGCGGUGUGAAUCUUGACAAGCUUAUAAGUGAUUUCUCACAGAUAGAAAAGAAAAUGAUAGAAACCAGUGGAAAGAAUAAUAUACUGGAUAUGCAGUUGGAAAAAACUAACUAUUUGUUAAAAGUAACCCAAACAAAGGAGGUUUCAAUUAAAAAAGAAUGUUCUGCUCUUCAUAAUAUGAUAAAAGGGCUACAGCAGACCAUUGAACAUCAACAUAAUUUGAAAGGUGAAAAUGAACAACUAAAAAGAAAUGCUGAUCUUAUGAGAGAAAAGCUGAAGUCUCAUGAACAAGAAUAUAAGAAUAAUAUUGCCAAACUUAUGAGUGAAAUGAAAAUCAAAGAGGAGGGACAUAAAAUAGAAAUAAGGAAACUUUAUCAGGAUAUGCAGGAAAAAAUUGAGUCAAAUGAAGAAAAGCAUAAAGAACUGAUAGAGAAAAAGGAGGUGGAAAUUUCAGAGUUAAAUGCAAAGUUAAAAACUCAAGAAAAGGAAAAACAAAGUGAAAUAAUCAAAUUACAGCUCGAGUUUGAUGCCAAACUAGCAAGAGUUCAAACUAAAUCAAAAUCCUAUGCAGAUUCUACUGUUUUGCCACAGAGUAUCUACAGAAGGAAGCUUCAACAUCUUCAAGAAGAAAAAAACAAGGAGAUUGCAGUUCUUCGUAAUACCAUUCGCAAUUUAGAGCAACGUCUGUCUGUUGACAAAGAUUCUCAACUUAAACCUUUUGACAAAGGUUCUUGCCCUAAGCGUAGACGGUUUUGA